UCUCUGGACUGUCCAUCCUACAUCCUGCUACUUCAUAUCCUUUGAUGGACAUCUCCCUGUCUUCCUCCACCCUGCCCAUGGUAACCACUGUUGAAGAAAUAGUUUGGAACAUAGUGAUGGAAACUAUAUGCUGAACAAAGAUGGGAGUAAAAAGGGGAACGUGGGGAACAUGAUCAUAUUCUCACUUGCCUGACAAGAUUGAACUUCCAAGCUCAUCUGAUGAAGUUGAAAGAAAAGCUCCAUCAAGGUGAAUGUGAUUUUUCUAUAUGCACUGUGAAAUGAUUGACACAAUCAACCUAGUUGGUGAGAAUUGAGGUCCUGCUGCCCCUGACGCCAAGGAUCCCCAGAGGUCCAUUCGCCAUGUGUGACUGACAUCUGUGCAACUGCCAUCAAUACCUCUGCUGCUGCCACCACCACCCCACAUGCUGCCAAUGCAACUGACCCACUGUAGCUGCCACUGAGCCACUGCCUGCUGCUACCAACCCUGCCACUACCGCUUCCACCACCACCCAGAGGAGCAGGUGAAUCUGGAAAAAGUACAAUUGUUAAACAAAUGAAGAUCAUCCAUAAGAAUGGUUAUAGUGAACAAGAAUGCAUGGAGUUCAAAGCAGUAAUUUACAGUAACACAUUGCAAUCCAUCCUAGCCAUUGUGAAAGCCAUGAACACCCUUGGGAUUGAUUAUGUAAAUCCCAGAAGUGCUGAAGACCAGCAACAACUUUUUGUAAUGGCUAAUACCCUGGAAGAUGGCACCAUGACAUCUCAACUGGCUGAGAUAAUAAAACGACUGUGGGGAGAUCCAGGAAUUCAAGCGUGCUUUGAAAGAGCAUCUGAAUACCAGCUCAAUGACUCAGCAGCUUACUACCUUAAUGAUUUAGAUAGAAUAACAGCUCCUGGGUAUGUGCCAAAUGAGCAAGAUGUUCUGCAUUCUCGAGUGAAAACUACUGGCAUCAUUGAAACUCAGUUCUCCUUUAAAGACCUGAACUUCAGAAUGUUUGAUGUAGGUGGACAGAGAUCGGAGAGAAAGAAAUGGAUUCACUGCUUUGAAGGAGUUACAUGCAUUAUAUUUUGUGCUGCUCUCAGUGCCUAUGACAUGGUCCUAGUAGAAGAUGAAGAAGUGAACAGAAUGCAUGAAAGUCUCCACUUGUUCAACAGUAUCUGUAAUCACAAGUACUUUGCAACCACCUCCAUUGUCCUCUUUCUCAAUAAAAAAGACCUCUUUCAAGAAAAAGUAAACAAGGUGCAUCUUAGCAUUUGUUUUCCAGAAUACACUGGGCCAAAUACAUUCGAAGAUGCAGGGAACUACAUCAAGAACCAGUUUCUAGACCUGAAUUUAAAGAAAGAAGAUAAGGAAAUUUAUUCUCACAUGACCUGUGCUACUGAUACCCAAAAUGUUAAGUUUGUGUUUGAUGCAGUUACAGAUAUAAUAAUCAAAGAGAAUCUAAAAGACUGUGGGCUUUUCUAA